CGCAUAACCACAAGGUCCCGGCGCCCCGAUGGCCCUGGAUCGGCCGCCACUUUAGCAUUGGCCGUUUUCGUGGGGUUGCCUCCAUUUUACAUUCGCGAGGCUCGUCAGCCUUGUUUGCGACAGCUUUCAUCUACCUACCAUCAUGGGCGACCGCUUGACCCAACUGCAGGAUGCUGCCGACCAGCUGGCGCAACAAUUUGUCGCGUGCUUGCACUACGUCCACAGGCGACACGAUCUGGAGAUCCUCGGGCCCAACGACAAAGUCCGCGAUGUGAAACAAGAGGAGAACCAGAGAGAGGUCGAUCCUCUCCCCGCGGAUGAGUUCCGCGCAGGCAUGGUCGAAUUGUCCCGAGACCUCAUCAUCAAAGAACAGCAGAUUGAGGUCCUCAUCUCGUCACUUCCGGGUCUGGACAACAGCGAAAAGGACCAAGAGCGAUAUAUCAAGGAACUGGAAGAUGACCUAAAGAUUGCCGAGGCCCAGCGGCAGGAGGCCAUCAAGGAGAAAGACCAGAUUCUGGCCGAGCUCGAUACCGUGAUUCGAAGCAUCCGACGACCUUGAGGAGAUCUUUGUUUGAACGAAAGACGGUGGAAAUGGAUUGAGGAAUGCAUAGCGUGGAGUUUGGGUAAUGAAUGGGCCGCCGAGGACUAAGGUUCACGGAUCACGGAGUCCCCUGGACUCUGAUUAUCUA